UACAAAUUGGAACACGGUCGCUUUCUCUGGAAAACUCUUCCACCCAUCACAUCUCAUCUCACAGGCAGGCAGGCAGCAGAGUUUCAGUCUCAGUCCACUUUCACCUCCGCUCUCACUCCACGGAAAGAACAGUCACUUGCACAGUCAAAGAUUGGAAGCUUUCUCGUAGUCUAUUUGAUUCGGAUUUUUUUGAGUCUAGAAGAAACCAGUUGCCGAUUACCUUGUUAAAAUUUAAAAUUUCAAAAAACCUAAAAAAAUCUGAAAUCAUGAAGGACACCUUUGGAACCCAACUGUUUGUAGCGACGAUUUUCGUCCUGGCAGCAUUCCUCCUCCCGAACGUGGCCCCUUACCCGCUGCAAGAUCCUAACGAAGCGUCCCUCGUUCAUCUCCAGCCCAAUGCCGAGGUCGAGAUUGGAAAGGAGCCAUCCUACGUCCCACAGUCAAAUAUAGAUGCCAGGAUGAGACUCUACCUGCUCUCAUGGCUGCAGAAUGUUGGAGCCCUUCAAAAUAUCCCAAACGACUACCGGACAAAGGCGAAACGGACAUGUCGACUCAACGCUGGCCUGUCUCACUCGUGUGAUUACAAGGACACCCUGGACGCCAUUCAUGAAGGGAUGUACUUGGGCUCUGACAUGACGCCGGGCAAGAAAUGACGUGACUAAGCAGGUGCUUUCUUCUCAUGCCGUGGUAGGAAUUAUCCUCAAAGGACACUUCUCACCUCGGCUCACACCACCAACCAUACAUAAAACACCCAUCAUUACUGUCAACCGGAUUGCAACCUCUCCUCCACCACCUCCUCCUCCUCCUGCUCCAAAAUGUAUCUUCUUCCCCCCACCCACCAGAACCUAAUUGAUUUAUCCUCAAAAUUGGUCUCUUACAUAAUCCAGGGUUUAUUUACACUUCUUCUCAAUAAAAUUAGUAUACAACAAGCCUCUCACUUUCUCUGCGUGAUCUGGUCAUUAAUUACUCGUAAUUGUUGCACAUAGCAGUUCAUUCCCUUCAUUCCUUCAUUCAUUUCGCGUACGUUGCACUUUGGUAAAUACAUACAUUUGUCACGACGUAAAUGGAUUCUUGCACAACACGGAAACCAAAAUUGUAAUUAAAUCGUAGCAAAAGAGAGAAAGAGAUGUCUUGACUUGACGAAUAAAUUGGACCCAAUUGGAAAAACAGGCUAAAUAAAUAAAUACGUAACACACUUUUGUAGUGGUAAAAUUAACCUGAAAAAAUCUCUAUCCCCCCAAAAUUUGAGCAUAUACGGUGAAAAAAAAUUGCAAAAUUUCUAAAUUAUUCUAGACUGUAAAAAAAAUAUGUAGCUUAUUAAAAUAGUUAAUCGGGUAACAAGGAUAAUCUUAGCAGUACGUGUUAUGCUACUAGAAUAUUUAGAUCCGUGUAGUCUUAUUAACCUUAUUUUUACGAGUAACUAUUAAUUCGAUAUUAUAAAAAUAUGUAAACGUGUGUAGUAAAAUGGUUGCAAAAAAUUAAGACAAAAUUGGACAACAUAUUUAAUUAACAUUAUUAUUGGCAUUAAAAUCUUGAAUAGUGAUCUCGUGUAGUAGAAUACAUGCACACACUAAGAAAUAAAUAUUAGUAACUGCACUUCAUAAUUCAUACCUAUUAUAAAUCUGAAUUUAAUCACAUCACUUACUUAUUAGUCGCACAUGCUGUAUAGACAUAAAAAAAGUAUAGUGUGGCUCAUAGCAAAAAAAGUUAACGAAAUCAAAAUCUGUCAUAUAAAUUUAUCUAUCUGAUCCCUAAUUGUUAAUAAGAAAUGCACUAAAUAUGUAUGUCUCCCACACAAAAAAAGUAAAUCAUUUCAAGCUUAACACGUAUAUUCUGUCCCUCAAUCUCUGCGUGUAACCGUGGUCGUUUAUGUAAUUCUAAAAUAAUAUUAUUUCUCUCUCUUUCUCUCUGUGUGUAUAUGUACUUAGCGUAAAUAUUUAAGAGAAAACCACACAUGGAUGUUAUCACUACUAUUAUUAUCACUAUUACUAUUAGCAUUAGUAGUAUGUAGCAUAGCAUUUAGUAGAAAUAUCUAUGUACGAUAAUAAUGUCAUCAUUAUUUCUCUGUUGUCUUUACAACAAUUAUCUUCUUCUCCCUCUCAUCAAGUUCUUGUUACACCGAGUAUGGAACCAAUUUAGAGAAAUUUAUUAUAUCUGUGUGCAUACAAUUUACUUGGUCUUCUUUGAGUAUAUAUUUAUUCAUCCGCGUUUCUUCUUCUUCGUUAUUAUUCGUCGAUUUCUUUACUAUUACGAUAUUUAUUAGAGGAACAUGGUAUGUAGUAAGAGAGCGAUAAAGUUUGUGUAAACGGAUCGCUGGUGAUGAUACGUAGCAGUAAAAAAAUCGUGCAGAGAGAGAAUUUUAGUCACUACUUUUUGCUUGUUCUAAAAAGAAGAUUCUCUGUAAGUAAAUGUAGAAAAAAAUUACUUGGUUAACGUCAAAAAUGCUGAAAUGUGAUUGUAUCUGAGACGAAUGGGAUGAAGAAGAGACGGGGUUGAGAGAGAGAGAGAUUUAGCAUGAAAAUGGUUUCGUGAGACUGCUGGGCGGAGGGGGAGGAGGACGAUGAGAGAGAACAACGUAAAAUAAUAAAGAUCCAAUAUUUAGUAUUUUAUUUGCUUGA